GAGCGCAUGCGCACUGGGCGAUGCGCGGUAGCUAGCCAGCACCAGGAGGACCCGGCUGCAGUUGUGCAGAGUGCGCGUGCGCUGUCGCCGUCUCCGCGCUACCUAGUCCUCGGUGAGCUAGCUGGCUACGGUGCCUGCAGCUGGGAUGUUCCGAAAGGCCCGGCGGGUGAACGUGCGCAAGCGGAACGACUCGGAGGAGGAGGAGCGGGAGCGCGAUGACGAGCAGGAACCGCCGCCGUUGCUGCCACCGCCGGCUUCUGCCGAAGAGUCGGGACCUGGUGGCGGCGACCGGGCCCCCGGGGGGGAGUCGCUGCUGGGCCCCGGGCCGCCGUCCUCCGCGCUCACCCCGGGCGUCGGGGUGGAGGCCGUGGGCGGCAUCCCCGGCGGCGCGGAGCCUGGCAACGGGCUGAAGCAGCGCAAGAGGCCUCGUGAGAACAAAGAGGUGGCCCGGGCUAGCCUGCUCAGCUUCCAGGACGAGGAGGAAGAAAAUGAAGAAGUUUUCAAAGUGAAGAAAUCAAGUUACAGCAAAAAGAUAGUGAAAUUGCUCAAGAAAGAGUAUAAAGAAGAUCUUGAAAAGUCAAAGAUCAAGACAGAACUCAACUCAGCAGCUGACAAUGACCAGCCUCUGGACAAAACAGGGCAUGUUAAGGACACGGGUCAAGAAGAUGGAGUUCUCAUCAGCGAGCAUGGUGAAGAUGAGAUGGAUAUGGAGAGCGAGAAGGAGGAAGACAAGCCAAAGGCUGGAGGCACAUUCUCAAAUGCAUUGUCCUCUUUGAAUGUUCUCCGUCCGGGAGAAAUUCCAGAUGCAGCUUUCAUACAUGCUGCAAGGAAAAAGCGCCAAAUGGCCCGGGAACUGGGAGACUUCCCUCCUCAUGAUAAUGAACCUGGCAAAGGCCGCCUUGUCAGAGAAGACGAGAAUGAUGCCAGUGAUGAUGAGGAUGACGAUGAAAAACGUCGCAUAGUUUUCUCUGUGAAAGAAAAGUCACAAAGACAAAAGAUCGCUGAGGAAAUAGGUAUUGAAGGGAGUGAUGAUGAUGCAUUAGUAACUGGAGAACAAGAUGAAGAACUUAGCCGAUGGGAACAGGAGCAGAUAAGAAAAGGAAUUAAUAUUCCCCAGGUUCAAGCAAGUCAGCCCACUGAAGUGAAUGUGUACUACCAGAACACUUACCAGACAAUGCCCUAUGGUUCAUCCUAUGGCAUACCAUAUAGUUACACGGCCUACGGAUCAUCAGAUGCCAAAUCUCAAAAAACAGAUAAUACAGUCCCUUUCAAAACUCCCAGUAAUGAGAUGACUCCCGUUACUAUUGAUUUGGUAAAGAAACAGCUUAAAGACAGGUUGGACUCCAUGAAAGAAUUGCACAAAACCAAUCGACAGCAGCAUGAGAAGCAUCUGCAAAGCCGAGUGGACUCGACCAGGGCUAUUGAAAGAUUAGAAGGGUCUUCUGGGGGUAUUGGUGAACGGUAUAAAUUUUUGCAAGAAAUGCGAGGGUAUGUCCAAGACUUGCUUGAGUGUUUCAGUGAAAAGGUGCCACUGAUUAAUGAACUUGAAUCAGCAAUACAUCAGCUGUACAAACAGCGCGCUUCCCGCCUUGUCCAAAGACGACAAGAUGAUAUUAAAGAUGAAUCUUCGGAGUUUUCAAGCCAUUCAAAUAAGGCUUUGAUGGCACCAAAUCUUGAUUCCUUUGGACGAGAUCGGGCACUGUAUCAAGAACAUGCAAAACGGCGGAUUGCGGAGCGGGAGGCCAGGAGGACGCGCCGUCGACAAGCCAGAGAGCAAACCGGUAAGAUGGCAGAUCACCUUGAAGGCCUUUCCAGUGAUGAUGAAGAAACCUCUACAGAUACUACCAAUUUCAAUCUGGAAAAAGAUCGCAUUUCAAAAGAGUCCAGCAAGGUUUUUGAAGAUGUCCUUGAGAGUUUCUAUUCAAUUGACUGCAUUAAAUCACAGUUUGAAGCAUGGCGUUCAAAAUAUUACAUGUCCUACAAGGAUGCCUACAUCGGCCUUUGUUUACCAAAAUUGUUCAACCCUCUUAUCAGACUGCAGCUCCUCACUUGGACUCCUCUUGAUGCAAAAUGUCGUGACUUUGAGAAUAUGCUGUGGUUUGAAUCUUUGCUGUUUUAUGGGUGUGAAGAACGAGAACAAGAAAAAGAUGAUGUAGAUGUUGCACUGCUCCCUACCAUUGUGGAAAAGGUGAUUCUUCCUAAACUAACAGUGAUAGCUGAAAAUAUGUGGGACCCUUUUUCUACAACACAGACUUCAAGAAUGGUUGGAAUUACACUAAAAUUAAUAAAUGGAUAUCCUUCAGUGGUCAAUGCAGAAAAUAAAAAUACACAGGUAUACCUUAAAGCACUUCUAUUGAGGAUGAGAAGAACUUUAGAUGAUGACGUGUUCAUGCCUUUAUACCCUAGAAAUGUUUUAGAAAAUAAAAAUUGUGGGCCUUACUUGUUUUUCCAGCGGCAGUUUUGGUCUUCGGUCAAGCUGUUGGGAAAUUUUCUUCAGUGGUAUGGCAUUUUCUCAAAUAAAACACUUCAGGAAUUAUCAAUAGAUGGUUUGUUAAAUCGAUACAUCCUCAUGGCCUUUCAGAAUUCAGAAUAUGGAGAUGACAGCAUCAAAAAAGCCCAAAAUGUAAUAAAUUGUUUCCCCAAACAGUGGUUUGUGAAUCUGAAAGGAGAAAGAACUAUUUCUCAGUUAGAAAAUUUUUGCCGAUAUCUUGUACAUUUAGCAGAUACAAUUUACAGAAAUAGCAUUGGGUGCUCUGAUGUGGAAAAAAGAAAUGCAAGGGAGAACAUAAAACAGAUAGUAAGACUUCUUGCAAGUGUUGGAGCUUUGGAUCAUGCUGUGUCUGUUGCAAGUGACCACAACGUGAAAGAGUUUAAAUCUUUGAUUGAAGGAAAAUAGAACCAUGAGACUAAAAAGCCUCUUUGCUUUAGUACCAUUCCCAGUGUGUAAAUUUUGUAUAUAUGUAAAGUUUCUUAAACUGUAAGAUACUAAUUCUUGUUUUAAUACAAAAACAUAUACUGUGUCCUUAAAUGUGAUUUCUUCAGAAUGAAAGGAAUUCAGAUUAUUUGUAGGAGUCUAUGACUGUUUUCCUUCCUGCCUGUCAUAUUUUGUUUACAGAAGUAUUUUGUAUGGUCAUUAAAUUAACCCUCUCAUUUAACUGUCCUCUAUAAAUGAUGUUGUGCAGUGUAAAUUGUGUAAUUAUGCAUAUAUAUAUUUAUAUCACCAUGGAUUUUCACACCGGAAAUUUGCAGUGUUUUUCUACAGAGGAAGCCUUUUAACAGCAGAAAAUUAUCCAGUAGCAAAUUGUCUUAGGGAAAUACUAUACUGUUGCAACAAAAGGGCUGGCAAGUGACUAUAAAUGUUCAUCCCCUUUUGGUUAGUGUUGCUGUCACUGUAGCUGUGCUGCCUUAAAAUGAGGGCUGAGUUAUGAUCUUAGUCAUUGAGUGAAUGUCGAACUUUCUUCUUCAAGUCAGCAUUAUAGGCAAAUGUGGGUUAAUGUGAACUCUUAAGUAAUAUAUGCAGUAUAGUUUGAGGUGGAACAUUAGUUUAGUUUUUAAUAAUAAGCCUACAAGCUAACUGCAUGGUUUAGGCCAACUGUCCUUUCCCAUUCAUGAUUUUACUUCCUGAUCAGCUUAUAGUUAUAUGAAUUUUGGUAGUCUGUCAUAAUCCCACAUAUGUGAGUUAUAUAUGCAAUAAAGAAACGCCUUGCUGAUUAGCCACACCUAAGCAGUUUACUAUCCAUGGUCUUCUAUAAUGUUUAUACCACAUUGUAAAUAUUCAGAGAAACUUGUUUUAAAGUUUAUGCUUUCUGACUCUGUGAUUUUCAAAAGAUGAACUUUUUGGAAAUUAAGGAUUAUUGUUUGAUAUUAUAUAUGUAAUUAAGCUUUAGCCAAGCAUUAAAUUAAUUUUUAAAUA